CCAUUACAUCCAACGACCAAAUUGUCAUUGCCGCAAAAUAAAAGCGUGGGAAACACCGUUGAAUUCUUCAUAAACCCGGACAUUUCCACACCAUUCCUAUUCAACUGAAAUUUUACUCCUCAACAAUGGCGGCAUUCAUAGCAAAAGCCUGCUUCUUCUCAACAAUGUCAAUCACUAACCCUAAUCUUCAUUUAAACCUAAAUUUAAACAACCCUCGUUCACAUGCAGUCGAUUCUUACUACAUUAAACGCGCUGUCGAAUUAGCUGAUAAAUCUGCUGGAUUCUCAUCUCCUCAUCCUAAUUUCGGCUGUGUUGUCGAAGCCGGAAGAGUUGUCGGCGAAGGUUAUCUUUACGCUCAAGGUACUAAGUCGGCUGAAGUUCAAGCCGUUGAAGCUGCUGCCGGUUUGUGUCGUGGUGCUACUGCGUAUCUUAAUAUGGAGCCUGGUGAUUGUCAUGGAGAACAUACUGCUGUCUCUGCUCUUAUUCAGGCAGGGAUAAAAAGAGUGGUGAUUGGAAUUCGACAUCCGUCGAAGCAUUUGAGAGGAUGUGCAAUUCAAGCGCUUCGAAGUGAAGGUGUUCAAGUAGAUGUGCUUGGUGAGGAUUUGCAAAGCGAUGUUGUUGAGGAAGCUAUAAAAUCUUGCCUUCUCGUGAAUGCUCCUUUGGUUGUCAGGGCUGCUUCUAAAGUUCCAUACUCAGUUUUCAAAUAUGCUAUGACCCUUGAUGGGAAGAUAGCUACUAACAGGGGGCAUUCAGUAUGGAUAAGUAGCAAUCUGUCAAGAUGUCGGGUUCUUGAACUAAGGGGUCGAAGUGAUGCUAUUAUCGUAGGAGGAAAUACCGUACGGAACGAUAAUCCUAGGUUAACUGCAAGGCAACAAGGUGGGCACUCACCAGUCCGGAUUGUUGUGUCACAGACUCUAAAUCUUCCUGAGAUUGCCGACCUUUGGGAUACUUCGGAAGUUCACACCAUUGUAGUAACACAAAAGGGUGCUAGAAGAAGCUUUCAAAAGUAUCUUGCUUCCAAAGGUGUUGAAGUAGUUGAAUUUGAGAUUCUUAACCCUAGAGACAUAAUGGAAUACUUUUAUGAAUGUGGUUAUCUUUCGAUUCUAUGGGAGUGUGGUGGAACAUUGGCUGCAUCAGCUAUUUCAUCUCGUGUUAUUCAUAAAGUGUAUGCUUUUAUUGCUCCUAAAAUUAUUGGUGGAAAGGGAGCGCCAUCUCCAGUUGGCGAACUUGGCAUGAUUGAGAUGACUCAAGCUCUUAAUUUGCAUGAUGUCAGUUAUGAACAGGUUGGACCUGACAUGCUUGUUAGUGGAUUUCUUCAGCCCAUUCCUGAUUUGACGCCUACAAUUCCAUCGUUGUCUGAGAUACCAAAAAUUGAUCCAUCACUUAAUCCAUAUGAAUCAAGCAUCAUAUCCUUCUACAAGACUUGGGAUCCUUAUGGUUCUUUUUCCAAUUUUUCACACCAUCCUAUCCAGAUGCCAGAUGAGGACGGCUACUAUUUUACCUGGUCUAGUGUUGAGCAUUAUUACCAAGCACACAAGUUUUAUGGUGUACAAGAUCCUGUGGCACGAGAAUGUUUUGAGGCCAUUAAAUCUGCAAAAAGUCCUGAAGAAGCAGCCAGGAUCGGUAGGAAAAUGCAGAGGCGAAGACCUGAUCUGGUGAGACCUGAUUGGGAGACCGCAAAAAUUGAUGUUAUGUACAGAGCCUUAAAAUGUAAGUUUUCAAUUUACCCACACCUAAACUCCAUGCUUGCAUCCACUGUUGGGUCUAUUCUUGUCGAAGGUUCACCACAUGAUCUAUUUUGGGGUGGCGGACGUGAGGGGGAAGGCCUUAAUUAUUUAGGGAGGUUAUUAAUGCAGUUGAGACGGGAAUUUGUUGGCGAGUCCUCUGCAUAAGUUGAGAAUAUUUGUUGAGGUAUAGUAUUUAUGCUGAAAGAUAAGAUUCCACACAUCAAAUCCUACGAUAGAAAAGGACAAAAUUUGUAUAUCAUAGUUUGCCCUCACCUAAAAGGACAUCAGAUGAGGAUGAUUCAAAGUUUUGUUUUGUCAUCUUUGGGAUUUUAUCAUUGGUUUGUUACAACUAUUACUAUGUUCAAUUGUAAUUUGGUAUGUAUUGUACAAAUACAAUAUUGCUCAUGUUUGAUAUGAAUUUUGAAAUAACAUAAUAGUAUGAUGUUUUUGGGCA